AGAUGAUUGGAUUGGCGUUUAACUUUUUUCUGCACGUUUACUCACUCACAGUUUGCUGCCGGUUAAAAUUCAACAAAUUUUUAUUCGAGAAUAUUCCUUCAAAUUCAAUAGAUCAAUUGAAAUAACGAGAAAAAGUUCACUGAAAAUAAUAUGUCUAGCCAAGAAGAGCAAUACGAUAACAUUUUGUUGGCCAUGGCCCAAAAGCACACCGGUGGAAUGCCUGAUUUCCUUCGCACAUUUGCUGGUUUCCUAAGACGUCGCAGUGAUUUCUAUACAGGCGACUGGGAAAAACUAAUCAUGGAUAUUCUGCGCAAAGAGGCUGACCUGGCCAUGGCUGAACACAAGGAGAAAUUGCAAAAGCAAGAGGCAGAAGCCAAGAAAAGGGAGCAAAAAGAACGUCAACAGAAAGAGGCACGCGAAAAAGAGAUGUCGGAAAGUAAGAUUUGUGAUAUAACUGAUGAGGAAGCUGCCCAGAUUAUCAAAGAGGAGGAAGAUAAAAAAAGACAAAAGCUUUUGGAGGAAGCCACUGUAGCUGCCGGUGGAAGCGCUCCUGUUGCCGUAGACGAAGAAAAGUCCAAACCAAUUGACAAAGUCGAAGAUGAUACAGAAAAAGAUGAAGUUGGCAAAUUGUUGCCCAAUUCCGGUAACGGCUGCACUUUAGAUAAAUACAUGUGGACACAAACAUUGGGCGAAGUUGAGCUUAAAAUUCCAUUUACGGUAACAUUCAAUCUGAGAGCUCGUGAUUUGGUGGUGGACAUACAAAAGAAGACACUCAAGGUGGGCCUUAAAGGUCACGAGCCCAUUAUCAACGGCCAGUUGUGUGCCGAAGUCAAAGUUGAGGACUCUGUGUGGGUUUUACAAGACAGCAAGACAGUGCAAAUAACUUUGGAGAAGGUUAACAAAAUGAAUUGGUGGGAUCGUUUGGUAAUGACCGAUCCACCCAUUUCUACGCGUAAAAUCAAUCCCGAACCCUCUAAACUAUCCGACUUGGAGGGCGAGACUCGCAGUUUGGUGGAGAAAAUGAUGUACGAUCAGAGGCAAAAGGAAAUGGGCCUGCCCACCAGCGAUGAUCGCAAGAAAAUGGAGAUUAUGGAACAGUUUAAGAAACAACAUCCCGAAUUAGAUUUCUCGAAAUGCAAAUUUAACUAAGUAUCAACUUUGUGCGGUUUAGACAAA